AUCAGCCACUGUGUAUGAUCCAUGCCUGAGUAAUAAUACAGGUUUGUCUGAUAGACUGGGGGAGGGGGAAGAGUAUUUUGUCACCCCAGAGCACAGGACUUGAGCUUGGAGGAAGAGCCUAGCAUGGGUACAGUACAGCAGACAGUCUGUCCUAACACGUACGGUUGGGGGCAAUAGGUCAAGUGUAAGGUCAUUGUGUAUUCAGAGUAUACUGACUGAGAAAACCUGCUUUCUUUUUUGUCAAGACCAGAAGAGGACUGAGUUGUUGUGGCUGCUCCUGGCCUGCUGUCAAGAUGGCAGGCCUGGUGAGGGAACCAGGCAGGAUGGGAGAGACAGGGAGCAGUGCAAAGGGGAGUCCCCAGAGGAAUUAACAGAUGUGUGGCAGAGGAAGAGGGGAAGACUGACACUUCAACAGAGGGAAUGGAGAUCUCAACACGAUCCAAAGUUUCAGACACAGAGCGGAUGGCUCAAAAACGAAAGAUGCCAAGCCCCUCUCACUCAUCCAAUGGUCACUCCUCUGCUGAAACCUCCCCCUGUCCAAUGAAAAAGAAGAAGAAACCGGGGGCUGUUAGCAGCUGCAAAGACCAGUCAGAACUAAGACAUGGUCCCUUUUACUAUGUGAAGCAGCCAGCACUCACCACAGACCCUGUUGAUGUUGUACCGCAGGACGGCAGGAAUGACUUCUACUGCUGGCUGUGCCACCGCGAGGGCCAGGUGCUCUGCUGUGAGCUCUGCCCCAGGGUGUACCACGCCAAGUGCCUCAAACUACCAGCCGAGCCCGAUGGCGACUGGUUCUGUCCGGAGUGUGAGAAAAUAACAGUUGCCGAGUGUAUAGAGACUCAGAGCAAAGCCAUGAUGAUGCUAAAUAUAGAACAGCUGUCUUACCUACUAAAGUUUGCUCUUCAGAAGAUGAAACAACCAGGUACUGAGCCCUUCCAGAAACCUGUGUCUCUUGAACAACAUCCAGAUUAUGCAGAGUACAUUUUUCAUCCAAUGGAUCUUUGCACACUUGAGAAGAAUAUCAAAAAGAAAAUGUAUGGCUGCACAGAGGCCUUCUUGGCAGAUGCGAAGUGGAUUUUGCACAACUGUAUUAUAUAUAAUGGAGGCAAUCACAAACUCACAGCUACAGCUAAAGUUAUAGUAAAAAUCUGUGAACAUGAGAUGAACGAGAUUGAAGUUUGUCCUGAGUGUUAUCUCUCUGCUUGCCAAAAGAGAGACAACUGGUUCUGUGAGCCAUGUAGUAACCCGCACCCUCUGGUGUGGGCCAAACUGAAAGGAUUUCCCUUCUGGCCUGCUAAAGCUCUGCGGGACAAAGAUGGACAGGUGGAUGCUCGUUUCUUUGGUCAGCAUGACAGGGCUUGGGUCCCUUUAAACAAUUGCUACCUCAUGUCCAAAGAGAUUCCAUUCUCUGUGAAGAAGACCAAAAGCAUCUUCAACAGUGCCAUGCAAGAGAUGGAGGUCUAUGUGGAGAACAUGAGGAAGAAGUUUGGGGUCUUUAACUAUGCCCCCUUUAGGACACCCUACACUCCAGACAACAACUUCCAGAUGCUGCAGGAUCCCUCCAACCCCUUAUCCACUCCCAUCAAAUCUGAGAAACAGGAAAAGAUCAAGCUGAGCUUUGAUAUGACGGCAUCACCCAAGAUCCCCCUGUCCAGGACCAUGUUGUCUGGGGCUGGGGUGGGAGGGACAACGGCAGGGCGGCGGCUCCCCCUCAGUGAUAUGCCUCGCUCCCCCAUGAGCACCAACUCCUCGGCCCAUACAGGCUCAGAUGGGGAACAGGAGGCAGCAGACAAGUCCCAGACGAAAGCUUCAAACAGCCAGUACAGUAUGGGAGAAGAGUCCAUAGACUGUGCAGCAUCACCUGCCCAUCCUCGACCUGGUCCUGCUGGCAGUUCCUUGGACAGCCCUAAACCAUUCCACUCCCAGGCUGCUGGUGUCCCCAAGCAGGAGAAGACACCUCCGACAGGAAGCAUUCUGAACCUCAAUCUAGAUCGGAGUAAAGCAGAAAUGGACCUAAAGGAGCUUAGUGAAACGGUGCAGCAGAAGCAGGGAGCCACACCAGUCCUCACUUCUCCAAAGAGACAGAUCAAGAGCCGUUUCCAGCUAAACUUGGAUAAAACCAUUGAGAGUUGCAAGGCACAGCUGGGUAUCGACGAGAUCUCUGUUGAUGUGUACAAAGGUGUGGAACACAGUGACUCAGAAGACUCUGAUAAAUCUGACUCUAGUGACAGUGAGUAUGCCAGUGAUGAGGAGCAAAAGACCAAGGAUGGCCAUGACACAGCACCCAAUGAGGAAGACCACAAGGAGCCUUCCAAAAGUCGAGUCAAAGACCAACCAUCUCCAAGCCAAGACAAAGAGGGCAAACCUGAUGCACCUGUGGCAUCUGAGUCCACAGCAGGAGAUGCCAGCACAACAGCAUCAGACACUCCAGCUAAAGAGAAAGUAAGCACAGAUUUGGAAAAAGAGAGUCCCGAGAAGACCAAAGCAUCUCCAGCAUCACCUGUCCCGCGAGAAAAGGCUCAGGUGAAAGAUGAGGCAAAGCAGCCUGUGCCAGUGGAGGACUCUGACUCAGAGAGGGAGCUGGUUAUUGACCUUGGAGAGGAUCAGGGAGGCAAGGACAGAAAGAGAAGCAGAAAAGACAAUGCCAUAGUCAAAGAGUCAUCUGCUGGUAAACCUGAAAGUAAAGCCCUGACGCCUUCGACACUACCAUCUCAAAACAGCACAGCCCCCUCCACACCCUCCAGUGUUUCGUCACAGUCCCCUAUGGCCAUUCCUGUCACCAUGGUCUCCUUCACUACACCCUCCCCUGCAACCAUCAGCCUAGCAACUGUGUCCAGCGCUACCGCAACACCACCCUCUUCCUCCUCGUCCUCAGCCUCCACCACACCAGCUUUGAAGAAACAGCGCCCUCUGCUGCCCCGAGAGACGGUACCAGUGGUGCAGAGAGCUGUGGUAUGGAAUCCCAGCGCCAAGUUUCAGACCUCCUCUCAGAAGUGGCACAUGCAGAAAGUACAGCGUCAGCAGCAGAACCAGCAACCUGCGGCGACCACGCAAAUGCAGGCUUCAUCGCCCAGGCAAGGUCAGGCACAGGUGCUGACCCAGACACAGGCAACUGGAAACAGCUCAACAUCUGUAUCCUCGUCUUCAGCACAGCAGUCUUCACAAAGCACACGCUAUCAGACCAGACAGGCUGUUAAAGCUGUUCAACAAAAAGACACUCCACUCAGCACAUCCACAUCAGCUGUCACCCUGGUGUCCAGUAGUCCAGCUUCUGUUGCCAUGGUAGCAGCAUCAAGUUUAGGCACAGCUGCUGCUUCUUCUUCUUCUCCGGUGGCGACAGACCUUUAUAUCCCCACUGCCUCAGCAGAUGUUGCUGCAGACAUUGCCAAGUACACCAACAAAAUAAUGGAUGCAAUCAAAGGUACAAUGACCGAAAUCUACAAUGACCUUUCUAAAAGUACUUCAGGCAAUACAAUAGCAGAGAUAAGACGACUGAGAAUCGAAAUAGAAAAAUUACAGUGGUUGCAUCAACAAGAAUUGUCAGAAAUGAAGCACAAUCUUGAGCUGACAAUGGCAGAGAUGAGGCAAAGCCUGGAGCAGGAAAGAGAGAGGUUGGUGACGGAGGUGAAGAAACAGAUGGAGCUGGAGAAACAGCAAGCAGUGGAUGAAACAAAGAAGAAACAGUGGUGUGCCAACUGCAGAAAAGAGGCCAUCUUCUACUGCUGCUGGAACACCAGCUACUGUGAUUAUCCGUGUCAGCAAGCCCACUGGCCAGAACACAUGAAAUCCUGCACGCAGUCAGCCACAGCCCCACAGCAAGAACCUGAGGCUGAGUCGGCAACAGAUCCCCCAAACAAAACAUUAGGGCAGUCUAGCAGUGGCCCAAACACACUCAGAGACACGCCAGUCUCUGCACCACUAGACAAAGACUGUGACAUGGAGAAGAGCACUGAUAACGUUGCUGUCACUCUGUCAUAACUGUGCUUACCAGACUUGAAAAUGUAAAUGUAUAGAUUGUUUUUUCACUACAUGGAUAAUAUGUCUAUAUCAGUUGUUCUGUUCCAGUGGCUGUUCAGGGAGCAAUCCAAAUUAUUUAUAUUUUUUUGUUUGCCUUUCAGGGCUCACUAAUGCCCCCUGUGCACAGUGAUAUUUAAAACAUUUUAAAUGUGGAAGCAAGACUGACAGUGGAUAGUUAGUAACCACUAGAGGGGGCAGUUUAAAAUGUAUAAUAAUAUAUGUGCACUCCUUUGCAGUCUAUAGAGAGCUGUCAGUAUAAAGUUCAUAAGAGCAUGCCUGACUGUCAAAAAACGUACACAGUAAAAGGACAACAGUUAAACAGUUCAAGACUGCAAAAAUGUAACCUCUUUUAAUGGACCACCUCACUUUUAGAUUAGAGGACUGUUGACAGAAAUGUCUGUAAAUUACUUAUUUUGUAUUCUAUGUUAAUUUAUUUGUUAUUUUAAUGUUGCCUGCUGUAUACUGCAAAGAAAAUAACAAAUACAAACAUUUU